AUGGUAAUGGAUUCAAUCUUUCCCGCGAGAGCCAAGUGUUUUCACAAGACAAACCUGGAAAGUGUGUCGUCUGUCUAUUCGAGUCUGGCCGGCUUUUUCCCGACAGUGUGCUCGCUGGAGGAAGCCAUUGCAGGGCUCUCAAAGUCAUUAGACGGUGUGUUUGAAGCAACCCUCUCAGGAACCGCUGUUGAGCUGCCCGAGAAGCCAGGGACUGUUGUUGUUACGAAGGUUACAGAAAAUGACAAUCACGGACAGUCUAUGUCCUCACUGCAUGAGGCGUCUGCGCCUAGUGAAUCUGAUAUGGACAUGAAGGGCUCGUCGAAGCGUUUUUUCACUGACCCGUCGCUGUCAUCCGCCAUAGAACCUUUGAGACUGCAGCUGGGUUCCGAUUUGUUUCAUGCAGCUCUCGUACCAGUGCGGACUUGGAAAGAAUCUUUUGGAGCACUUCCGGGAAAGCUCAAACUCCUGGAAGCUCAUGCGUAUACUCACGACCUAAACCGUUAUCGUCACAACAUCCUUGUCCAAAAAAAAUGCUUCUAUAAGGGCAGCAAAGCGUCACAAGGAAGGCUCCUUAGGCUGGAAGCGAAACUGCAACAAGCUGAAAUGAAGAUGCGCGCCAGCAGAGUGGCCUUUCUUACACUUGAACGAGGUCUCCUUGACGACAUGGAACUUCUUCUGGCCGAGGCCCGUCGGAUGCCUUCAAUCUUGACACAGGUGUGCGGCACAACUAGUGAAUCAUUGAAGCAUCUUGAAGGUCUCGGUAAUGCCAUGGAACAGAUGGACUCACCCCUAGCCAGGCAAAGUUUACAUCACAUACGCCUGACGGAGCCACUGCGUGAUAAAUAG